AUGUGCGACGACAGCAACCACAGGCCGACUCGAACUAAACCAGCCUCGUCCAGUCACAAAAUCUGUAUCCCAUUCCUGCUGAACUGGGCCAGUCCGACCAGUGGCCUGACCGACACCUUCAAGCCAACGAGUGAUGACCUUGUCGUCCACGCGAGCCCUCGCAGCCACGACGAUAUAGCAUUUCGCCCCGAAGCUGGAACUGAGUUUAACGACUACUUGCCCCUACCGUUGACACUUGACGAUUCUCUGAUCGACUUUGGGCUAGAUGCAGGAGUUUCUGCACCACUCUCUCCGUCGUUUAUCCUGGGCAUGCCCGAUCAGAUGUCUUUGAGUGCCAUUUUCCCUGUCAUAGAUCGCAGGCAGGAUCAGGACCCGAUUGUGUCAUUGACCGAACAAGUGGACAGUCCAUAUCCUUUCAAUGACAGCGGUAUGGACAGGAAUCUCUCUGCAGAAUUCGCAGACCACUUGACUGCCCUUACCUUGUCGCUUCCACAGAAUCACCCAGAGCAUGCACCGAGCCUCAAUUUGGCCCUUGGAAUGUCGACACUCUCAUCGAUAAACAUCUCGAGGUUUCUACAGCUCUAUUUCCAUCACUGGAAUCGCCAUAGCCCGAUUGUCCAUCCCGGAACCUUCGAUGUCUUGAAUGCUUCCUUACCUCUUCUUUUUGUCAUGACGCUGACUGGCGCCCUGUUCUCCCUAUCUCCCGACGCUGUUACUGUCGCCCGGUCCAUGCUCGAGCUCGCCGAGGAAUUUGCAUUCCGGGACUCGGAUUUCCAGAAGGUCGCGUCUGGCACUUUCCCAGAAGGAGUUGAUCAACGUCGUCGGGCGCUCCAGGCCUUUCAGGCGGCGUUCUGUGCUGCGCAGUUACAGCUUCGGGAAGGUAACAUGUGGAAACGAAAAUGUGUGCGAACUUUCCGAUUUGACCAGAUCAUUUGCGCCGUCCGGACAAUGGGACUUCACAAUGGAGAUCUCCUUACACUCGAUGUUUCAAGUAAAGACACGGGUCUUUCUGACUGGAACCGGUUCGCCGAAGACGAAUCUCGCUUGCGGUAG